AUGACAAUCAAGUGUGCAUAUCACAGAAAUUGUCGCCUUCUGGACAACGAUAACUACAAGGACUGGCUGCAUACAUUGCGGAAAGCGGAAAUCCGAAACUGGUACUCAUUUAGCCAAGACCGCAUUCACAUGAAGUACUUCUUUGAUUCGGAAGUUGGUUUCUUCGAAACUUUGGAUGGCAACGCUGCGCGAGGGGCCAGUGAAGAGCCCGAGGAGCGCCGACCUCGUCGCCAGGCCACGGCCAUGGACGACCGGAUUUGCGUUACUCCGCCAGAAGAUGGCGGUGGCCCGAACUCAAAGCGAGCCCCACACUCCAGCGCUUUGAACAGCGUGUCAGCUCCAGUGCUGCUGCCGACUGAAGCAGGCUUUCGGCACCAUAGAGGUCCGACGAUCACGAUGCCAUCUGCCAAUCUUGAUUCAUCUCAGACCGUCGACUUGACUGCCGAACUUGCGCCGAAGCGCCUGUGGGCAUCAAAGAUGGAUGUCAACACCUGCAAGGCUGGUUGGACUCCGUUGUGCACGGCCGCAUCGCAGGGCAAGGUCGAGUCUGUCAAGCAGCUACUGAUGCUAGGUGCAGAUCCAAACAUCCCAAACGGGUUCGGAGCGCAUCCGGUCUUCUACGCUCUACGCAACUGGAGCCUGCGUAUGUUUCGCCUGCUGAUGAAGCACGGAGCAGACGUACGACGCGCAAGGAGCGAGCGGGGAGAGUCUUUACAGGCUUAUGCAGAGAGAAAGGUGCAACAGGCGGCAGACUCAAAAGCCUUCGGGGCUGCCCAUUUUUCAACGGCAUCGUGCCAGGAGCUCCUGGACAAAGUUGGUGCACAGAAGGCAGCCAAGUUGGCUUUGGAUGCUGCCGCUGCAGCGCAAGGGUCUGCUAAACGUCGCAAGCUUCGCAGCAAUGGGUUGGCACCUUGUUUCAACAAGUUGCCAGUGACGCAACACAGGCAGCUCUGUGUAGCAGCUUAA